AUGCCAACGUCAAGUCCUAAUCAAAGUUUGGAAAUCUUUGAUAUAUUUCCAAUCAGAGUACUACACGACGGCAACGAGUUUAACCUCGCUCUUCGAAGGCAGUUUGGGGUGCGGAUACAAAACGUAUUUGACACACAGGUGGCGUACUCCCUGAUAAUGCAAACCCAGGGACUCCCGCCACGUUUUAUUCACGUGCGUGACGCUUACGUUAAGUACGGCGGCGUUAAGGAGGACAUCGACCCAGCAACUAGGCAACUAAUGUCCGAAGAUCCAAACUUUUGGUCCCGCAGACCUCUUAGUAAAGUUGCACAGCGGGUUGCAGCCAUGGACACCAUUCCUCUCUUACCAACAUUGUACGACGCCCUCAACCGGGAAAUAACCGCCGAUAUACGAGCACUUUUUGAGCACAUGAGUGAAGAUAACGUGCGCCCCCUAUCUAUGAGGAGACAGAGAACACGGACCGCCGAGAAAGCCGAAGCAGACGAGAUGCGACGAUUGCGAACCGACACAAAAAGUCCCAUUCUGAAACUAAAUAAAUCUCAAGAAAAAAUGUUACAGUAUACAGUGCCCUAUUGCGAAAGAUGAGACUUAUCAUGAAAUAUUGCAAGAAUAACAUGACAUUCACUAUAAAACCUCAUAUUUGCUCAAUUUUUAUCGGUUUGGAUGUAAUGAUCUAAUAAUUUUGUUGUGCUAAGAAUUUUAACCAGCAAAUAUUUAUUGACCAGAUACAUUGUGGUCAGUUUUAGACAGGACUGAAGUUUUUGUUCUAAUGCUUUUAUCUAUGUUUAAAAGUGUGGGCAAGAAGAGAGCCCAGCAUAUGCCCAUUUUAUUUUUUCAAAUUGUGGGGGCGGAAAAUUGUGAAUAUAGACAGAUAAAUCCCGUAGGCAAAGAAAGCAAGACGUUGCGUAAUUUGAAAAAUGAGAGGUGUUUUCUACUAUGUCCCUGACCAAAGUCACUAAAGCGGUUCUAGAUUUUGGAUAAUAAACGUUUUCA